AUGCGAUUUUCUGCCGCUGGAUGCCGGCCAUGCAAGCUUGCUCGGAAAAAGUGUGACGACACCAGACCUGCGUGUCUAAGAUGCACCAGAGCUGGAAAGACCUGUUAUGGUUAUCAAGAGGCAUUCUCGCUAGUAAUUGACGAAACCGUCUAUGCAAGCAGGAAGCAGAAACGGCCACGAGGACCCCGGUCUGCAGAUAGGGGUACCGUCGUGCUUAGUACAGGCCUGUCCCGCGACUUUCAAUCCGAAGCUAUCGCUUACUACAUGCGAAAACACCUGGAGCCCGUCAACGAUGCCGCGUCCGUCUUAGAAACUCCACUUAAUGCCCUGUUGGCUGCCUGGCAGUCAACCCCGGCGUUGCCUCUUGCUGUGUCCUCGGUGGCUCUUGUGGUCUUCUCCAGGAUGAGGAAGUAUCCACCAGCGGCGGCACGGGCAUCACUUACCUACCAAGAGUCUCUGCCAUUGUUAAAGUUCGACCUGUCCGCUUUGAACCCGGAUAACAUCAAUGCGUGUUUACUCACGAUCUGUUACAUGAGUCGAUAUGAGGACUCAAUUCAUAACAUUAGCGCGAAUAGCAGCUUGGGGAAUUCCACCCCGCCCCAGAGUCGGCCACAUUAUGCAGGAAUUAUGGCCGUCUUGCUGUAUUGGAGAGAUGUCAUCAGCAAUACUCAGCCCCCCACCGAGGCUGUCAAAUAUGCGAGACGAGUCCUGAGGAAAGUGACUCUCUUUGGUCUGGUUGAUAUUCCUGACUGGCUUAUGGACGGCGCUGUUUUCGGCGAGCUUGGUGGUGAGUUGGAACUAGACCAAAUCAUUAUAAGACUCAUCAGCCUUCGAGCUCAGGUGGAUGAAAUCACGAUUCAGCUAUGUGGAACGCACUUCUCCUCAGACGACUUGAAAAGACUCAAAUUCAUUGACCAAGAGUUACGCGCAAUUGACACCGCACUGCUCAGCUGGCUAGAACGAUCGGCAGAAUCAGCGUGCAGUACAAACAUGCAGCGCACAUUUUCAAGCGACCGUGCCUUGCGCAGAGAUAAAUUCUUUGGACACCGUAUUCAUAUUUACACAAAUCAGGGUGAUGCUGCCCUUCACGCCCAGUACUACGGCUACGGACUUCUCGCGCGACAUUUGCGAGUCCGAGUGCUAGAAUUAAUGGAGGCAUGCUCUCAACCUCACGCCAUCUCCAAGACGCUCAUCACGGAGGCCCGAGAUGAUAUCCUGUCUCUAGCAGACGGUCUAGCUUCAACGAUUCCUUUUUGCCUAGAAAGAGUUUCUGGAUCGGAACGACCCGGUCCGUUUGGUGAUGGCAUCGUCAUUCGUGAGGGUAACUCCGGCGUACCGGGGACAACGGAGCCGGCCAUUCUUCCCUUGAUGAUUGUUUCUGCAAUACCGAAUCUCGACAAUGAGUAUUCCGCGUGGUUUCGAUCGCAAAUGGCAGAUAUUGGACGCAUCACUGGGUACGGUUUUAUGCUUUCGCUUUCCACUGGCUAUGGACUUCGACUUUGA